GUUCUAUUGCUGGCAAAAGACGGAGGUUCGAUGCACAGAAAACAAUAUUUAGACGAAGCAGAGCAGAUUGUCAACAUCAUCUAUAACUUGACAGUAGAAAAGAAUGAUAGAAAAAUCGUAUUUGGCAAGAUAUGCGAGCCUUAUUGUGAGAGUAACACACAAUUGUUCAAAACUUUCAAGCAAUAUUUUGAUGAUAACUAUGAAUCAGCCUUGAGAAACCAUUACUACAGUGAACUAUACAAUCUCUCCUAUCCGAUUGGAAAAUUAUGGAUAUAUCGCCUUCCACUUGAAAUGACUCUCCAUGGAGUAAAACUUGUCACAGCCAGCGUAGAUAACGACAAUAACACUAAGGGAAGACGGAAGGGAUUCUUCGGAGAUUAUAUCCUAAUAAAUCCAAAUGCAACCAUAGAAAAUCAAAUCACGAACAUGGAACAUGUUUCGAUUAUUUACCUGCAAAUCCAUGGUCUGAAGAACACAUCAUCUCGGGCUAGGGACCUCUCUACGUGGGAGCUUGGCCUAUACGAGUGGAGUAAAAAUUAUAACCAGGGCGACUCCCUAGUCAAAGUUCUUUUGCUCGGAAACGAGGUUUUGGAUGUCGAGAUUCUUGCUGCGCAUACGAAAUUGGCACCUUAUUUUGGAGCAGGAUCCUCUUCCAUGUUUACAUUUGUUGCUUUUUGCGUCUUUACAACCGCAUACUACUAUGGGGCACUUGACUUUGGAAAAAUACUUAUUGGGAUCGGAGCAGCGAUAUGUCCACUUCUGGCAAUAACUUCAACAUUCGGCUUCGUUGCAUUAGUGGGCACAAGAAUCAAUUCUUUUUUAUUUGUUAUGCCGUUCCUGAUCUUCGGUGUUGGGAUAGAUGCAGCUUUUCUCAUGGUGAGCUCAUGGCAGAAACUCACGAAGAGAAGGUAUACAAGUUCACAAAGACUAGCUUUGACCUACGAAAAAGCCGCUCCUAGCGUCGCUGUCACCUCCGUUACAAAUGUUGUGUCCUUUGCAGUUGGAGCUAUCACACCCACACCUGACAUCCGAAUUUUUUGCUUCGGAACAUCUGUAGCAAUGGGUUUGACAUUUGUGUAUCAACUAAUCUUACUCGGGCCUAUGCUAUCUUUAGCUGAUCCAUGUGAGCAACAGCGAUAUACGAGAGAAUUAACGAAUCAAAGAAAUUGUGAGAAGAUCAAAACUAUGUCACAAGCUCUUCUACAUGCAUAUUCCUCGACUAUGAAAAACAGGUGCAUCGAUGUCACAAUUGUGACUAUCACUUUCUUUUAUUGGGCUUUGUGCAUCAGCGGUGUUGUUGAACUGAGGAGUAAACUAGAUGCGACAAAAAUUUUACCAAAGGAUUCAUUGCUGCAUGAAGCGAACACACUAAUGAGUGACAUAGUGUGGACGGAGGUUUUCAUUGGAACAUUUUUUGUCAAUUCUCCUUUUGAUAUCACCAAUGAAGAGACAACAACUCAAUUCUGGAACAUGUUGCAGGAACUAGAAGAAUUGCCAAGAUGCAGAGGCUACAAAUCUUCUUACGUUUGGUUUAGAGAUUUCGUUGAAUACUCUAAUGGAACUAAAGAAAUUUACCCUUAUGGAGCUCGCAUCAAACCCAAGGACCUGAAAUAUUUCUUGAGUAACAAUCGGUACCAUUUCGAGAAGUCAGUGCGAUUAUCUAAGAACUCAAAUUCGACUGUCAAUAAAUUCUUCUUCACUGUUGCUUAUACAAAUAUCUCAGACUGGUCAAUACGUAUAGAUUUGAUGAUCAAAUGGAGAGAGAUUGUCGACAGAUAUCCUCAACUAAAUGUGACAGUCUACGAACACGGUGGUAUGUUUGUAGAUCAAAUGCUAAGCUUGAAGAAAGUAACACUGCAAACUGCAUUGCUCACAUUUUUAUCAAUGACAGUUGUGUGCGCAAUAUUUAUGCGAAAUUUGUGUGCUGUUGCAUUGGCCAGUCUUUCAAUAGCUUCUAUUAGUACAGGGGUCAUUGGCAUAAUGUCGAAGUUGAGUUUCGAACUUGAUCCGAUCGUAAUGGCAUGUAUAUUGAUGACGAUUGGAAUGAGUGUGGACUAUGUGGCACAUGUUGCCUACCACUACCAGCUGCCUCUCAACAAGCGAGAGGGAGGAGAGUCCAUUAGAGCCAGAACGAAAGAUGGAGGAAGACUAGAGUAUACCAUGAACACGGUAGCGUGGCCAAUGAUUCAAGCUGGGUUAUCCACAAUCUCGUGUGUCUUGCCCCUAUUAUUCGUAGCGACUUACUCAUCAGUGGUAUUCGUCACUGCUAUAUUACUUGUAGUAUCUCUGGGACUUUUACAUGGUUUAAUUAUUUUACCUGCUAUUCUUCUUCUGCUGCCAGAUUAUCUGAUCAACAACGUGUGCUGCAAGAAAGAGCAUUCUUAAUAGAAAUCAUGAUUUUUCAAAA